AUGCUCGUUUCAAAGCAGAAUGCACCUUAUCAAUCUGUAUAUAACUUAAAGACAAAUCUGUUUGGUGUACAGGUACCAGUAGUGAUAGCAAACAGGUUCAUUAGGUAUUUGAGAGAUAGGAAUGCAGCCAAUCCACCAGGAUUCUAUACAAUACAUCAGUCACGAUCGAGGAUCAGCAAUACAUUUCAAGGCAUCACUGUGUUUACACUGAAACGAGUGGACCCUUCAUCACAGAUCAUCAUACAGCACAGUCUCUACCUGUCUGCCAAUCCACUCAAUGAUAUCACCUACUUUGAAUCAUUCAUUAUCAAGAACUACAUCGACAUCUAUGCUCUCAUCACUGCACCACUGAUAGUUAAUCAAGUUGUUGACAACUCAACACAUCAACAUAGUCACAACAUUAACAGCAGCAACAAUAGUAGUAAUAGUAUGAGUAUCGACCCCAAUAAUAAUAAUAAUCAUCUUAAUAGUAAUAAUAAUAGUAUACAACAUAACAUGGCGAAUGCUAAUGUAUUAUUGUAUAAUGAUCAACUAAGGAAUCUUCUGAGUGAGGUCUCGGAUGAUGACGAUGACGAGGAGGUGGAUGGACGUUGGAUAGUGAUCACUGGAAUACCAAACCAAUUGCCGUCAUUCCUUUGGCUAUCAUCUACGAUGGACGGUGCCGACACAAUCACAUUACCAAUCAAGUUGGCUCAAAAUGACAUCCAAACUCUGUCCAAUAUUCCAGUUACCAUCUCUCCAUUGAUCAAACUUCCAUCAAUUGCUGUGCAACUUUAA